AUGGCCAUGGCUUUCAACCGGAAGCCUAAGUCGCAGAUGACGGCAGCUCAGGACGGCGGGCCACGGUGCCCGUCGUGUGGCGGCACCAACUUCAUCGACCAGCCAGGGUCGGGCGACCGGGCGUGCGCGGAGUGCGGAACCGUAGUCCAGGAGAACAACAUCGUCUCCACCGUGCAGUUCAGCGAGUCCGGCGGCUCUUCCAACGUCGUUGGGCAGUUCGUGUCGGGGGACAGAGGUCGGCCCAGCGGGGGCGGCGCCGCCAGAGGCCGCGGCAGGUUUGGGCAAAGCCGAGACUCGCGCGAUGCCACCAUCCAGAACGGCAAGAAGAAGAUCAUCCAGGUCCUGGCACAGUUGCACCUGAGAACCACGCUCGCGGAUGAAGCAGCUCGGCUCUUCGCGCUCUGCGUCACCCAAAACUACGUUCAGGGACGGAAGACGAUGAACAUCGUGGCAGCCUGCGUGUACAUCGUGUGCCGCCAGAACCACUUCCCCAUCAUGCUGAUCGACAUCAGCGACAAGCUGGCCGUGAACGUGUACGUUUUGGGCAAGACUUUCCAGAAGCUGAUCAAGCACCUCAAUCUGCAGACCCAGGUCCCCAUCGUAGACCCCGCGAUGUACAUCAAGCGCUUCGCCGCAAAGUUGGACCUUGGCAGCAAGACGAACGCGGUGUGCAUGACUGCUCUGAAGAUAAUCGGUUCGAUGAAGAGGGACUUCCUUGCCUCGGGUCGUCAGCCGGCGGGCAUCUGCUGCGCAGCCCUUACCCUGGCCACGCGAGUCAACCGCAUCGAGAGGUCCAAAGAGGAGAUCCGAAAGGCCGUCAAGGUUUGCGAUGCCACCGUCCGCAAACGCCUCCUUGAGUUCGAGGCGACCCCCACCUCUCAGCUCACUGUCGAGGAACUAAACAAGUUGCCGCAGACCGUGGCCUUCCCGGGAGUGGAAGACGCUAGCGCUGCCGCCGGUGCCACCGGCGGCGGCGGCGGGGGGGCGGGCGGCGGCGAAUCGGCAUUGGCCCUCGGUCACUCUGGCGGGGCGGGUGCAGGAGCGACCGCGGAGAAGUCUGUGCUAGUGAGCGACAUUCGGAUGGACCCUCCCGCUUUCAUCGCUAACCGCAUCCGGGACGGUGCCCUGAAGAUGCCGUGGACGGAGCAGACGGUAACAGAGACUGCGGGGGCUAAGGCAGGAGCGGGAAAAGGCGCAAGCGGCGGCACCGGAAAGAAGACCGGUAGAGCGACCGCUGCCGCCGGCGCCAGCGCGGGUGCUCGGGGCGUACGCCCAGGGGUCAAGAGGAAGCGGAGCCCGAAGGACAAGGCUCCCCGCUCCAAGAAGAAGUCGCCUCCGAAGCGGAGGCGUGCUGCCGCCGAAGGAGGGGACGCUUCGAGCGAUGAAGGGAGCGGGGAGGAGGAGGUCGGAGUGGUCGGGAGGAGGAGGACGCUGCCCAGGAGAAAGGCGGCGGCCAAUGCUGCUGCGAACAAGGAUGAGGAAGAGGGAGAGGAGACAGAGGAGGAGAGCGCGCGACUAUCUUCCAAGAUGAAGGUCGAUGCGAACACGGAAGAGGGGCGGGAGGCGCUGGUGGAGAGUGAGGUAUACUCCUGCCUGGAGAACAUGUUCGACGAGGACGAAGAGCGGGGCCUGGGCGUUGAUCGAGGCGGAGGCGGCAGCGGUAGCGGCGGCAGCGGUGGCGUUAGGAGCGCAGACGUGGCAGCCAAGGCCAACGAGGCUACAGGAGACAACGAUAACGAUAUCGAUGGUGGCGGCGGUACCGCCGAUUCAAGCGCUGGGAAUGCGAAGUCUCCGGCAUCGCCGGCUUCCGACGAAACCCUCAUGAGCACAGACGAGGGUGCGGCCGGCGAGGACAGCGGGAACAAGACCCAGAACAAGAAGGAUGACAACGGCAACAAGAAGGGCGAUGACAAGGAGCAGGACGACGAGGAAGACGGUCUAGAGUGGGGGGUAUACUUGAGGACAGAGGAGGACAGCGACAGGACCAAGAAGGAGUGGGAGAAGGAGCACAAAGCCUGGGUGGAAGACCAGACCGAAAAAUCAAGAAUUCUCUCCGACGGGACCGGUCUAAACCCGCCCGGUGGGGUUCCGAAAAAGAAGCGCAAGUACACCCUUAGCGGGUCCCAUGCCGUCGGCAAGAAUUUCGGCGAAGCCAUCUCGUUGGAGGCCGCCAAGAGUAAGUCGCUCAAGAUCGACCACGCUGCUCUCCAGCGGGUCAUGAAUCUCGACGGCAGCCUCAAGCAGGUUAACGAGGGUGAUGACGUCAUGGAAGAAGUCUUCGAGGACAAUCUGGCACCUCCUGUGCCAUCGAAGAACAGCAAGGGAAUCCGCAGCAGGGGCAAAUCGCCGCUCACCGCAAACCUGUCUUCCUCCUCCACCCCGGCAAUGCUCAAGCCGUUCACCGGGGGUGCCGUGCUGCCGCCCGCGCGGCGCGGAACUACCACCGCCACUGCCGCCUCAAGCGAUGUUGGGCCGAAGGCCGCCGCUGGUGGCGCCGCGGGCAGGGGCGGUGGCAAGGGAGUCGCCCCGGUCGCCCAUCCGGCGGCGGUCGUCAAGGCGCCGUGGGCCAGGGCCGGGCCGAAUGACGGCGGAGAGAAAGCGAUCAAGGACGCGCUUGCCUUGCUUACAUCGGGUGGGUUGUCCGCUCUCCCCAGCGUCUCGGGCAAGUCUCCGCCUGCUGCUGCCGCCGGCAGUGGCGCCAGUGCUUCUUCGGCUGCGGAAGCUGCUCGAGGGACCAAGGCAGCGGUGACCCCAGCGGCGACGGCGGCAAGCGGACCUGCGGCUGCCGCCUCCCCGGUGGCAACGGAAACAGUCGAGGAGGUCGAGGGCGAAGAGGACGACGAUGAGCCCUCUGGCGUGGUAGCUGCUGAAGAGGAGGAGGAAGAGGAGGAAGAGGAGGAUGACGAUGAGGAUGACGAUGCGAUGUACGGGGACGUGGAUGAUGACGACGACCCUUACGGCGAAGAGGCGUGAGCCAUAGCCUCAGACCAUCGAGUUGACGCGAAGGGUGUCGGGCUGAGUGCCAUGUAUCGAGUGCUUCACGGUUCAAGCGUGAAGGAUAGGUCUUUGCUCUGGAAAGCAAGGGGGUUUUGCUGUUUGCGUGGAUGUGGUUUCAGGUACGGUAACGUUCAACAGAUGACCGGGGCGUAGAUGGACCGGAAACUGGGUAAGAAAUGACGCGGGAGAAUGUUGGCAUGGGACAGAGUGCUGACUUUAACAGGGAACAGGAGCGAAUACAAGAGGAGGACUAGAUUAUAAAGCACGAAAUUGAGGUCAAAUUAUUGGCUGCAAGCAGAAUAUGAUCCAUGAUAUGGACUCGCUUAUGCCAACGAAUGGAAAAUGAGCGUAUCCGCCGACAGUGAAAUAUGCGCGUGGUGAUUGCAGGAAAUGGCACUUAAUGGCUAUGU